AUGAAGAUGGCACGUUUUUUUCUCUGGCUGCUGCCUGGAGCCAGCAUACUUCUGCAUCGUGGCUUCGUUGGAACCGAGUGUUUGCAGUCUCCGCCACUGCCUGCUUCCAGCACACCAGGUCUGGUGCAGAAGGCACAUGUCGAAGAACAGUUACAACGUAAUGACAUAUCCAGUCAUCCCCGUGCUCGGAGCAACAUCCACGGCGGGAGCGGCGAGGAUGGGUCAAAUGGUAAUGAAGAUGACGACGAAUGCGUAAGUCCACUUUAA